AUGGAAGAACUGGGCUUGUUUCGCGGAGAUACCAUUUUGAUCCGCGGAAAGAAGCGUCGUGACACAGUUCUUAUAGUCCUCACAGACGAGGACACGGAAGACUCGAAGAUUCGUCUGAACCGAGUGGCGCGGAACAAUCUGCGUGUGAAGCUUGGUGACCUUGUGAAUGUGCAUGCUUGUCAUGACAUCAAGUAUGGCAAGCGGAUUCAUGUCCUGCCAUUUGAUGACAGUGUCGAGGGUCUGCAAGGCAAUCUGUUUGAUGUGUACUUGAAGCCGUAUUUCCUAGAGGCGUACAGACCUGUGCGCAAGGGCGAUACAUUUAUCGUGCGUGGUGGCAUGCGAGCUGUGGAAUUCAAGGUGAUCGAGACGGAUCCCGCAGAGUUUUGCAUUGUCGCCCAAGACACCGUCAUUCACACGGAAGGCGACCCCGUGCGUCGCGAAGAUGAAGAGGCCAACCUCGCUGAUGUCGGAUAUGAUGACAUCGGUGGAUGUCGUAAGCAGAUGGCACAGAUUCGUGAAAUGGUCGAGUUGCCUCUACGUCACCCACAACUAUUCAAGAGUAUAGGUAUCAAGCCGCCUCGUGGUGUUCUCAUGUUCGGACCACCAGGAACGGGUAAGACGCUUAUGGCUCGUGCUGUGGCAAAUGAAACGGGUGCUUUCUUUUUCCUGAUCAAUGGUCCAGAAAUCAUGAGUAAGAUGGCCGGUGAGAGUGAGUCGAAUCUGCGUAAGGCGUUUGAAGAGGCGGAGAAGAACUCUCCAGCAAUCAUCUUUAUCGACGAAAUUGACUCGAUUGCUCCCAAGCGUGAGAAGACGAACGGCGAAGUGGAGCGUCGUGUGGUGUCCCAGCUUCUCACACUGAUGGACGGGCUCAAAGCUCGUUCAAACAUUGUGGUGAUGGCUGCAACGAACCGUCCAAACUCGAUUGAUCCGGCACUUCGCCGUUUCGGCCGCUUUGAUCGCGAAGUUGAUAUCGGUAUUCCUGAUCCUACGGGCCGUCUCGAAAUUCUGCGCAUACACACCAAGAACAUGAAACUUGCGGAGGAUGUCGACCUUGAGCAAAUUGCAUCUGAAACGCACGGCUAUGUCGGCUCUGAUAUCGCAUCCUUGUGUUCUGAGGCUGCCAUGCAGCAGAUUCGUGAGAAGAUGGACUUGAUUGAUUUGGACGAAGACUCGAUCGAUGCCGAAGUUCUCGACUCGCUGGGUGUUACUAUGGAAAACUUCCGUUUUGCCCUGGGUGUGUCGAACCCAUCGGCCCUGCGCGAGACUGUUGUGGAGGUGCCCACGACGACGUGGGCCGACAUCGGUGGUCUGGACAAGGUCAAGCAAGAACUUCAGGAAACUGUAUCUUACCCAGUGGAACAUCCGGAAAAGUUCCUCAAGUACGGCAUGUCUCCUUCGAAGGGUGUGCUUUUCUAUGGUCCUCCUGGUACGGGUAAGACGCUUCUGGCCAAGGCUAUUGCUCAUGAAUGCCAAGCGAACUUCAUCUCGAUCAAGGGUCCUGAGCUGUUGACGAUGUGGUUCGGUGAGUCCGAGGCGAACGUGCGUGAUGUGUUCGACAAAGCACGUGCUGCUGCCCCUUGUGUCAUGUUCUUCGAUGAGCUUGACUCGAUUGCCAAAUCACGAGGUGGAUCCUCGGGCGAUGCUGGUGGUGCAAGUGAUCGCGUGAUCAACCAAAUCCUGACUGAGAUGGAUGGUAUGAAUGCCAAAAAGAAUGUAUUUGUUAUUGGUGCUACGAAUCGUCCGGAACAAAUCGAUCCCGCUAUCCUUCGUCCAGGUCGUCUUGACCAGCUCAUCUACAUCCCAUUGCCGAACGAGGCGUCGCGUCUCGACAUCUUGAAUGCGACGCUGAAGAACUCGCCUGUCUCAUCAAAGGUCGACUUGGGCUUCCUUGCCAAGCACACGCAUGGUUUCUCUGGUGCCGACCUAGCUGAAGUGUGUCAACGAGCCGCCAAGCUUGCGAUUCGAGAAUCAAUCGAAGCUGAUCGCCGCCGUGAGAGUGAGCGCAAGGACCGUGGUGAGGAUGUUAAGAUGGAGGAAGAUGUCGCUCUUGAACUCGAAGAUGAUCCUGUGCCUGAGAUCACUCCGGCACAUUUCGAGGAAUCGAUGCGCUUCGCUCGCCGCUCCGUGACGGAUGCCGAUAUUCGCCGGUAUGAAAUGUUCGCUUCCACUAUGCAGCAGAGCCGCGGCACGAUGGGUGCUUCGUUCCGAUUCCCCGAGGGCGGCAUCGACGGUGGUGCUCCUACCUCUGGUGGAAACCAGCCAUCAGAGACUGGUGGCGGAGCACCAGCGCCUGCUGCGUUUGGAAAUGACGAAGCUGAUGAUGACUUGUAUGCAUGA